AACGUGAUUUAUAUGCUUAAAUGCUUUUAUUAGGAUUAGGAAGUGAAAAUUCUUUUUUUUUUUUUUCCUUAAAAAAAAUUUCACUUGUCAUAUAUAAUUCCAUUAUUAUCCCCUAGCUUCUCCCAAUAUUCCAAUUAGAAAGGAAAAAGUUAGCAAUAACAAAAAUAAUGUUGGUCGAUUACAUUUGUCACUAAUCAAUGACCAGCUCUAUCGUAUAAAAGUAAAGAAGUAUCCUAAUUAUUUAAUAUUAAUAUUUUUUUUUUAAUUUUUAUGAGAAAAGUCUUAUAAGUUGUAACUACGAGUAGCUAAUCAUCUUAUGCGUGUCUUUCUUUGUGGAUUCACCUCAUUUAGCAAUCUAAGACAAAACUAAACAUUAUUAAUUGGUGCUUAAAAAAGUUAAAGAUUUACGCUCCUAAAUCGAUUUUGAUACUCUUGACCAGAAUCCGUGUACACGCAGAAUUUCAGAACAUAUCGACAGACGGCAAUAACGAAACUCAGACGCAAAUAUAUAAAUACUCCAAUCCAUUUUUUAAUUCAAUUUCUUUGGAUCAUCUUCUCUUAUAAUUCCCAGAAAAAAAAAAAAAAAACAAACAAAUCAAACCGAUUUUAAUGGGGUUCUCCCGCCGUAGUUUGGUCAUAGGCAACUACUGCCAUGACGUCCUUCUUCAAGACGACGUCGUAAUUGCAGAAUCAUUGGGUGGUGCUGCUUCCUUCAUCUCCAGCAUUUUCUCUCUCCUCUCAAUUCCCUGUGAUUGUAUUUCAAUUGUUGGUUCUGAUUUUAGUUACAAUCACUCUGUUUUCUGCUCUCCAAUUGUUUCUAAUACCUCAAAAACCACCGUUUUUCAUGCUCAUUUCUACUCUAAUUGCCCUGAAAAUGAUGGGAAACCCGUUUCAGAUCGGACCCUUAAACGGGUCAUUGCAUGUGACCCGAUUCGACCCAUAGAGUUGCCCAACUCUAACUCGGGGAAAAGGUUUGAUUUUGGGAUGGCUGUGGGUGUGGGAGGGGAGAUUUUACCUGAAACUUUGGAGGGUUUGGUUGAGAUUUGUGAUGUUGUGUUUGUUGAUGUUCAAGGGUUGAUUAGAGAAUUUGAUGAAAUUGAUGGUACUGUUAGAUUGAUUAAUUUGAAUGAGACUAAAUUUUACCCUUUAUUAUCUAAAAUUGGGGUUUUGAAGGCUUCUGCUGAAGAAGCUGAGUUUAUGGAUGUUGAGGAGGUCAGGAAGUUGUGUUGUGUGGUUGUGACUUAUGGUGAGAAGGGUUGUAAAGUGUUCUGGAAAGAUGGGGAGGUUGAGAUUUCGCCGUUUUCGACGAUUCAGAUUGAUCCUACUGGUGCUGGGGAUAGUUUGUUAGGUGGGUUUGUUGCUGGGCUUUCUCUUGGUUUAGCUGUUCCUGAUGCUGCUUUGUUAGGCAACUUUUUUGGGUCUUUGACUGUUUCUCAAAUUGGGUUGCCUAAGUUUGAUUCCAAGUUGUUGCAGAGAGUCAAAGAUGAAGUUCAAAGAAGAUCAUUGCAGUGUGCUCAACACCGAGUUGGUGAUGUAAAUGAGCUUUGGUUUUCAAAACCACUUGGUCACGAGCAAUUCCACGAGUCCCUUAAUGCUAUCAGACACGCAUUUUCUUUGCCUGUACAAGAAUGUAGAAGGGAUCUACCAGAUAUGCAAAAUCUUACUACAUCUGUAAAUCACAGUAUAAAGCAUCAGUGUAAUGGGCAAAGUCUCUUGCAUAAUCCUGUAUAUGAUGAAGCAGUUGAACCCCUCAAAGGUACACAAUGAUAGACACCAAAGCCGCCCUCUCUCUACCUUUUUUUGUAAUUUGUUGGUCAUCUUUUUGUAAUGCAGCAAUCCUGUUUAGAAUAAUUUGGGGCACUAGAUCAUACUCAUUGAAAGUCUGAAAUAGGUCACUUUAGUUCAUUAAUUAGGAAUUUUGUAAUUGAAGCGGAAUCCCGUUUCUUUGUUGUAAUUUGUAAAUGCCUAAUCUCAAUGAGGUGCUAUGAUGCCUUGCCACUAAUGCAUUUCGUGUUUCCUGUGUACUGGAUGCAAACUGAGUAAUUAGCAGACAGAUUAUACGUAGUAGCAAAUACUCUAUAUGAUCGAGGAUCAAAAUAUCUUGGAAAUCUA